AAGACUUGUUUAGUAAGAAAGUUCUCAAAUGACUUUUUCAAUGACUUAGCACAUUUGGUCAAGAAUAUACUUGGAGGUUUCUGUUUAACAUUGCAAAUGAAAAUGCUAGUAAACAUACAGCUUUAUUAAGUUACACAAAAAGCACAGUGUCAGAUGUUCCACACUAAAGAAAUCUCUGACCCUUGAACUGCAGAAGCUUAUUAAAGGUUUCUUCAGAGAUAAUUCUAACAUAUGGUCAAGGCAUAUACUCAGCAUGGAGAAAGACCAGCAAGAAAAGUCGGGAUUGUUUACCUCAUUCGCAGAUAGCCUGUCUCCAGUUCUAUUCUCUGAAGAAGAAGAAGACAAUGAAUAUGAUUCUCUAAAUCCAACGGACAAGCAAGAAAAUACAGUUCUCGUCAGGAAUGACAGAUCUUCUGUUCACUGUAUGUCAUCCGAAGAUUCACCGUACUCACCCUCCAGUAAUGUAUACAAGUCCGUUAGCAGGUCUGAUUUACCCUCAUGUUCAGAGUCUGAGGAAGAGACUGAAUUAUCCUACAACUCCCCAACCCUGCUGUUGGAAAUCAGCAGUUCAUCGUCAAGUAAUGGCAUUCUUGAGGAGAAUAACUGGACAGACAAUUAUGAAGGACAGGAUUUGGAUUUUGGAGCCUGGACAAAAACAUCGUCAGAUUCCAGUUCAGAGUGUGAAUGUAGCAACUGUGAUUCUCGAUCAACUGGACAAUUUAAAUGGAAAGAACACAGCCCUUUGGCUGCAGUAACCGAAUUCACUUACAAGCAUUACAGUGUCAGUGUGGAGAUGAUACAGGCUGUGCAUAGCCUCAGGUAUCCGGCUGAAAUAAACAAAUGGGCAAUUGAAUAUGUCAACCAGCAAGGGAUUCGCAGCCCAUAUCCACAGCAAUAUCUUGAGUGUGCCAAGGAUCAAUCCUGCGCCUGCCUUUUAUGUGAUGUCCCAGGGAGUAGCAGUUGACCAAGAGCUUUUCUUCCAAGCUGUUCAGGCUCAUCUAGGUUUUUAAUAAAAUUAGUGUUUUGCUUUUUGUGCUUGUAGAGAAUGUGCAACAUCCAGUGGGAAGUAAUAGAAUUUAUUGCAUAUUUACAUUACUUUUAUGGUAUACUCUAGGCAGGUGUAUACAGUACAAAAACCCAAAGGCCAAAGCUCAAGGGCUGCAUAUCUCAUGUGGUGAUAAUUUAUAUAUACGCCAAUGUACUACGGGGCUAUACUUACAAAAUGCUGCAAUCACAUCUUUCUCAGGAGGCUUUUACACAUCUGUAGGGGAAAAGCUUGUGUUUCUUUGUAAGCCACAAUGAUCUUGGUGCAGGACUUCUGCCUAUACUCCUUGCAUGGAAAAGGGGACUUUACCAAUAAGCACUUAGCAAAUACGGGGCUUCUUCAGAAGAGCUUGCAUCAAAGCAACUGAAACUACGCCCUCUCAGUUCCUUCUUUUAACCCACCUCAAGCCAUUCCAACAGUGUUAUGUACAGUAUAAAACAAAUAAUGUGCAUCAAUAUAAAAUCAAUAAUUUAGACAGUUUCACUAACAGAAUUUUCUUAUACGAUGCCGCCACCAAGACUUUCCAUUUUACAAUAUAUACUCUUUUUAAUAUAGAAAGUCUGAAGUGUGUAACUCAUCAGAUUCCAGUUUUGAACUGGAUUUAUGUGAAGUACACACAUUUUUAUUUCACUCCUAUAAAAGGUCAUGUCAUU